UCUCUAAUUCAAUGGAGCUAGAGGAUAGCGUUUUAAAUUUCUCUGAUGAAGACGAGAGCUUUGAGGAUGAUGAAGAUGUUAAAAUGAAUGAUAUUGAGGAAGGAGAACUGGUUGAGAAGAUUUCCAAGACUGGAUUAGAGGAAACUGGUGGUGCAUGUGCCAACUCUGAAACUCCUCUUCCAGGCAAAAAAAAUCGGAGACGCAGGAAGAACAAGGGGAAGAACAAACGAAAGAGAGUCUCUUCAGGUCCAAUCACAGACAUUAACAGAUUUGUUUUGGAUGUCGGAAGACGUUUGAAAGAGAGGAAAUCUUAUCUUAUAUGGAAUGCAGUUGGUUGUCUCGGCCUAUCUGCUUUGAGUGAUCUUGUCAAAGAGGUGGAUGCAAUUCAGACUUGUGGCGGCCAGAAGACUGCUGAUGGCAGGCGUUUCCGAACAGGUGGUGGAAUAUUGUGGAGCAUCCUUAAAGUACGAGAUCCAAAUGCAUACAAAGAGAUAAUGAAGAAAGGGAAGGAGUUUGAGAAGCAGUUUAAGCAGGCUAAUCUCAAGCAAGAACUGCUCCAAAACAAAGAAGCUUCUUUGGAGAGAUCUAGUCAGACAAUGGGAGACGAGAUUACAGCUAGUUCUUCAGAUGUUUUGCUGCAGCAAGAACCUGUUGAACAGUCAAAUAGUGGAGCCAAACAUGCAUCUGUUCAUGAUAGAAUAAGGAUGCCUGUCACGUAUGAUGAUCUAUUCGAUGAAGCAACUGAUGAAGGAAAGGAUUCAAAGGAUCCGUUGGCUUUAAUAAUGCCUUCAGAAAAAAGCUCAUAUGAUGUGGUGGAGGGAGGUUAUCCUAAGGGUAUAUAAAGUUUGCGCGAGUUACAAAUUACAAUCAGCUAAGACUAGGGGAUUUAAGAAAUGAAUCAACUUGAUUUUUUUGAUAAAGCCUCAUAUUACAGCUUGUCAAGUUGAAUUUCAUUUGUGAACACCGUGGGCAUUGUCUGCCCUUUCAUUUUGCUCAUCAUCUUAUUCUCAGUAAAUACAUAUAUGUUUGCAGCGGAC